AUGUCGUCAUCAGUAACGACAAGUUCCACUACAACUCCUGCUUAUGCUAAAAGGAAAUUGGAAUUGGUUCCGUUCAAUAGUCAAUUAGAAAUCAUCGAUAAGGCUAUUUUAAAUCUUUCCAAGAUGCUGCUGAAUUCUAAUCAAUAUAUCAACGUUCACCGCUCUGGUUACAAUAAUAACAGUGGUAAUAAUAACCCCCACAACCACUCAAGUAAUCAGAAUCUGCAAAACAAGUAUGCUUUAGCUGCGGUUGCAGCGGCUGCUGCUGUUCAACAACAACAGCAAAAUUAUAUGCUUCAACAACAAUCCCAUCAACAAUCUCAACAACAGCAAUAUAAAGAUAUCAAUCCAUAUGUGUUCCAUGCGCAGGGUAUGAGCUUCAAUAAAGACCAAGGGGAAUUGUCCUCUUCCUCCUCAUUGAUGUCAGAGAAAAGUGCUCCAUUACCCUAUGAUUUUCAGAAUAAUUUCAUUACAUCAAACGGUAGUAACAAUUCGGUCUCAUCUCCCACGGCUGGGCCGCUAAAUCAACUGCCAGCUAUUGAUCCACAAAAUCAUGCACUUCAAUCACAUCUUCAGCCUCAACUUCAAAAUCUUUCUCAGCCUCGAAUGCCUGGUUUUAUUUUUGAUCCUAUGGCUUCUGAUAAUAGCAAAAUCAAGUCCAGCUCACCAACUUCGUUGCAAUCUCAAGCUACGGCAUCAUCGAGUAAGGCUAGUAACAAUUCACCUCCAAACUUAUUCUUGUCCACUUCAAGUUCAGGAGCAAAUGCUGUAAAUUCAGUUAACUCCAAUAAUCCUGUUACAACCAACUUUUUGGAGUCACCAUCUUUAUUAUCAGGUGGUAAAAAUAUUUCAAGCAACUGGCCUGUUAAUAGCUCAAAUACAAACGCUAUUAAUCAUUCUUCAAUUUGGGGUGCUAACCCUUCUACGUCGUCUUCAUCUAUGAUGCCUUCUAAUUUUGCAAAUUUAGAUUCUAAAUCUGAAAGUAAGAUUUCUAUUCAAAAUAACUUUGGUGGCUCAAUGUGGUGA